AUCAAGUCCAAGAUGAUAGGAGUAUACAUAUUAAGACAGCUGUACGAGGUGGCGGAGGUGGUGAUUCUUCAGUACCUCUGCCAUGUGUUGGUCUUCAUGACAGUUCUGCUGGCCACCCGCUUUUACCUGGGCUCUCCGUCCCGUCCGCUUCCCCCUGGCCCAUGGGGAGUUCCUGUCCUGGGCUACCUGCCCUUCCUCACUAAGGAUAUUCACAUCGCCUUGUUGAACCUCUCCAGAAAGUUCGGAUCCGUCUACCGCCUGAGCUUCGGUAACAAGAUGCUGGUCAUCCUCACCGACCCCAAGAUCAUACGUGACGCCUUCAAGCGGGAAGAGUUCCACGCUCGACCCUCCAGCGCUCUCUACGACAUGUUCGACGGCUAUGGUCUGGUUAACACCUCCGGAAUAACAUGGCGGAACCAGAGACGCUUCCUGCACGAGCGCCUCAGAGCCCUGGGCAUGAAGACCACGGGGCCCGGCCGGGAACAGAUGGAGGUCCGGAUAAUGAGUGAAGUGGAAUGCUUCCUACAGUGUCUGGCGACAGGCAAGGGCAAGGCUAUGGAGGUCGGGGAGCUCCUCUGCAACGCCUCCACCAACGUCAUGUGCUCACUCCUCAUGUCAGUUCGGUUUCGCCCUAACAACCCCAAUUUCCUUCGCUUUAUGGAGCUCCACGACGAGGGCUUCAAGCUGUUCCUCAAGUGCGACAUCACCAGCUACAUCCCCGUCAGCAAGUACAUCCCCUCCGUCAGCGAAAACUUCCAGAAGCUGAUCCAGAGCCGAGACGAGUCAGGGGAGAUGAUCAGAGAGAUCAUCCAGCAGCGGAGGGAGACCUUCGACCCCAGCCACACGGGAGACAUCCUCGACUGCUACCUUCUGGAGGAGCACCGAGCCAAGGAGGAGGGAAGAGUUCCAUUUGAAGGAAAAGACUUCGACCGACAAUUGGUGCAAGUGAUGACCGACAUAUUCAGCGCCGGGGAGGAGACGGUGAAGACGUGCUUGCUGUGGUCGCUGGUGUACCUGUUGCGUCAUCCGAAAGUCAUGCAUAAAGUGCAGGAGGAGUUGGACGCCGUGGUGGGCCGGUCUCGCAUGCCCUCUCUGGACGACCAGCAGCACCUGCCCUACACGGAGGCCACCCUCUGUGAGGUCCUGCGCCGCUCAACGGUCGUCCCUCUGGGAACUUUUCACGCCACGACUCGCGACACCACUCUGGCGGGCUACACCAUCCCGAAGGGCGCCACUGUCAUCCCGCUCCUGUACGCCUGCCACAUGGACUCUCAACUCUGGGAUGAACCGGAAAGAUUCGAUCCAACUAGAUUCAUCGACGCAGAGGGUCGAGUUAAGAAGCCAGAACAGUUUAUUCCCUUCGGCGUCGGUCGACGCAUGUGUCUCGGCAAUGUUCUCGCUCGAAGUGAGCUCUUCCUCUUCUUCACCUCUAUCCUUCACGUCUUCAACUUGGCGACACCGGAGAACGAGCCACAACCCAGCAUGGAAGGCAUCCUUGGCACGACCUACACGCCACAACCAUUCAAGCUGUCGUUCAUUCCUCGCGAGGUGUCGAAAAUCGGCAACAUCGACAUGCAGUCGCACGAAUUCAGAGCAGCUGGACUCUGAGGUAGCUGACCUGUAUGGCCUCUCUUCAGCAGAGCACACAAUGUGUGCUUAGAUUGUGCUACCCCCUGACAGUUCCUACAUAUGUGACUCCUGACCCAUCCAGCGGUGCAUACACGACACGUGAAGCUGCAAGCAAGCUGGACAGCAGUCGGGAGGGAGGCUACGAAUCUGAGGGGACCUGUUACUAGAAUGUUGGCGUGAAAGCCAAGAAGACAGACAAGAGGUUGAAGAGGCUGCCCCUGUCGCUAAUGAAGGCAAGAUGAUACGCAGGAGGUUGUAGAGGCCGUCUCUCUCGCCGCCUGCAGACAAGAAUAUCACCAAGAAGGUGUAAACAUGAGCGUCCUUGCCUCGUGAAACCAGGAAGACCCACCAAAGACAGCUUGCCGAGUCGUACAUACGAUCCGGCGGCUUAUCUGUGAUAUGUUUGUAGAUGUUUAAUAAUAUUGUGUUGUGUAGAUGUCGGUUCUUGUGGCUCUCUGUACUGUAAGAUUAGUGUUUUUUAAUAGAGACUCAGGCGCAAUGAUGUUCCUUUUAGUCAGAUGAUGGAGAAACGUAAAAUAGAGAACCUAUAGACACAUGUCUCUCAUCUUGGCUACGUGGGGUCGACCCUCCACGCCUCAAGGUGCCGACGUACAAACAGAGCACACAAGUUACUGCUGUUUACACUUAUAAACCCGUAUAUUAUAUAUAUAUAUAUAUAUAGAGGUAAGCAAGAUUUUGUUUGUUUGUAGAUACAUUGUUUGGAGCUUAGUUUUAGGAACUAAGUUUCAAACUCAACUGUAACAGCAGCGGUGUAUUAAUUGCUGUUGACUCCUGCUCAAGACUGUGCUCAACUAACUUAUAAGUAGAUUUUUUUUU